ACGAGAAGCGACGGCGCAGCACGGUGCGGAGCAGCUCCGGCUCCCCUUUCCCCCUUGCCGGGCGAGCGGUGUCUAUGGGGCAUCCGCUGCCGCCGCCGCCGCCGCCGCUACCGCCACCGCCACCGCCGCUGGGUGCUGUCUCUAUGGCGAGGAGGAGGAGGAGGAGCGCGAGCUCAGUGACACAAGUACACAAAUAAAGGAUAAAGUAUUUUAUGAAACAAAUCUUCAAUCAAAUAUAAUAUUUUGAUGCUUGGCAGCUAGACUUCUUGUGCCCUCACUAUGCCAGCAGCAACUGUAGAUCAUAGCCAAAGAAUUUGUGAAGUUUGGGCUUGCAACCUGGAUGAAGAGAUGAAGAAAAUACGUCAAGUUAUCCGAAAAUACAAUUACGUUGCUAUGGACACCGAGUUUCCAGGUGUGGUUGCAAGACCUAUUGGAGAAUUCAGGAGCAAUGCUGACUAUCAGUACCAACUAUUGCGGUGUAAUGUGGACUUGUUAAAGAUAAUUCAGCUAGGACUGACAUUUAUGAAUGAGCAAGGAGAAUACCCUCCAGGAACUUCAACUUGGCAGUUUAAUUUUAAAUUUAAUUUGACUGGUUAUGACUUUGGCUACUUAAUCAAAAUCCUGACCAACUCUAACUUGCCUGAAGAAGAACUUGAUUUCUUUGAGAUCCUCCGAUUGUUUUUUCCUGUCAUUUAUGAUGUGAAGUACCUCAUGAAGAGCUGCAAAAAUCUCAAAGGUGGUUUACAGGAAGUUGCUGAACAGUUAGAGCUGGAACGGAUAGGACCACAACAUCAGGCAGGAUCUGAUUCAUUGCUUACAGGAAUGGCCUUUUUCAAAAUGAGAGAAAUGUUCUUUGAAGAUCAUAUUGAUGAUGCCAAAUAUUGUGGUCAUUUGUAUGGCCUUGGUUCUGGUUCAUCCUAUGUACAGAAUGGCACAGGGAAUGCAUAUGAAGAGGAAGCCAACAAGCAGUCAUGACAUGAAAUAGUCCUUUUAUUUUUAUUUUAUUUGAGCUACACACAUGCUUGUAUAUAGGUUUUAUCUCUGGUUGAAUUCCUUGAACAAUAGACAGUACUUUAUUUUUCUUUCAUAGCCCUUUUUGUUUUCUACCUUUCAGUACUAAGUAUAACCGUUCCUAUCUCAGAUUUUAAAUAGAAAAGCAUUCAGGUAAAAUUUGGCCUUAACUUACCAUACUUGUUGGCAGGCGUGUGUGACAGAGUGGGGAAGUUACAUCAUACAAACUCUACCUACUUGAGCUUGGUUUGUUUUCCCUUUCCUAAAUUAACUAGCACUGACUGUAAUUUAUUUCCGUUUCAUGUCUCCCUUCCAUUCUGCAGGACUUUUAGCUAUUUGAAAUUGUGGACCAUCAAUUUUGCACUUUACAGAGUGAUUCUGACUCAAAUCCUCUGUCUUACCAGAAAUUUUGGUUUUUCUUGCUCUUAGCUGGAAAAAUGACCAUCUGCCAACUUUAUACAGUAUUUACUUGUUAUUGACCCACGGAAUAUAACACAUGCAUUGUGCAAAUGGUUGAUUCAGCAAGACUACAAAAAAAAAAAAAAGACAACUACUGAGGAGCUUAGUAACUGCUGUUUCUGUACGUAGUGUUUAAUCUCCUAAGCACAUCUAGUGUCUGUCAGUUUCUAAUUGGCAUGUGUAGGCUGCUCUGUGAUUGAAGAAUUUUUCAAACCAGCUUUACACCCUUCAGGAAUAAUCCUUUGUGAUUGGAUGUUAUGGUCUGCCAGGAAACUGGUAUCCAGGAUGUUGAAGCUUCAGUUGUUUUAUGAUAGCACACUUCCCUUAAUCUGCUUCUUUUUAUUCCAUCUCUGUUUACCCUUAUUUUUAAUUUUUAAAAAAUUUUAUAGCCAUACUUAUGAUGCUCUUGAUUUGUUGAUUCCACAAAUCAAUUUCAUUAAAGUCCAAAGAUAACAAGUCUAGGUAUAUUUGUACCAAAUUAAAUUAGAAGACAAAAAAUUGUGCUUUCAUAGUUGUUACAAAGAUAAAUAAUGGAGAGAUUUGGUGCAGAACAACAAAAUACAAAAAUAUGUAUAUGUAUAUUAGCUAUAUAUAUAUAUAUAUAUAUAUAGCUAAUAUAUAUAGCUCAUAAAAUUACCUGAGGAGUGUAAUGCUUGUUUAUUUUUUUGUGUAUAUCUUUGCAAUCUAUUUUAUAUAUAUAGACAAAAGAUACUGUGAAAUAUUUAGCCAUGCAGAAUAUGUGACAAAGACCAGAGCAUGUGUAGGACAUUUUGAUAAUGAAUAACUCUACCCUGAAGUGAUGGACUACAAUUUAUGAUGUGUGUUAUCUACACUUCAAUCAGUAAUAUUAGCAAAUCUCCAAAUAUUAGCCACAUUGGUUUGUUUUCCUUGUACAUUCUUUAUUCAUGAUAUUACAAUGCUGUAAAUGGGUGGUCCUUUUUAAACAAAACAUUAUUUGCAAAACAGAGGGUAUUAUUUGUUUUUAAAGCUUUUGUAAAUAAAGGCUUCAGAAAUGUUUUCUUAUAUAUGUUGAUGACUGGUAAUUUUGUUUUGGAAAUAUUUAUUUGGGGAAUAUUGUUUUUUUGGGAGCAGAUGAACAGAACUCAGUAACUUCAUUAACCAUGGCCAAUUAUUAGUCCCUUAAUUGAGAAAUCAAUUUGAGCCUUCUGCAUUUCAACAGAUUCAUUAUCAAUACCUCAGCUAGACAUUAAGAAUUAAUUUCUGUCUCCUUUCCAUGAAUGCAUUUGAUAGAACUUACUGUGGCUUCUUUUUAAAGCUGACACAAUAUAGCAGGUAUCUCAUUGGUUUCUUUUUAUUUUGAUCUUCACCUGGGGGUGGGGGGGAGGAAUUAUAUAAGGACUGCCUAUUAGAUUGCAUAGUUUGUAUCAAUUUUGGUUUCUGUCUCUAAAAAGUAAUACAGUAUUUUAUAACGUCUAUAAGAGGGACACUAUGACCUUUGUUAAGUCUAGCUUUUGGAUAAGAGAUAUUUGGCUGAUAAAUUUUUAGUGUUCCUGAGCCAUUAAAUCUGGCCUCGCCAUAUUCUGUUAAAUCUACUAGAGCAUGGGUCAGCACACUAUGGCCUGCAGGCCAAAACCAGCCUGCUGCCUAUUUUUGAAUGGCCAGUAAGAUGAGAAUGGUUUUUACAGUUUUAAAAUGGUUGGGGAAAAUAAUAUUUCCUGACAUGUGAUUAUAUGAAAUUCAGAUUUUAGUGUUCAUAAAUAAAGUUUUGCUGGAAUGCAGCCACA